CUGUGGUCAAGUCACAAGACCUUUUAUUUGUUUACAUUAUUUAAUAAAUUUUUAAAACACUUCUAAGAUGCUAAAAUAAGUUACGUAAAAUAGCCAGAAAUUUAAAUGGAGACGAAAAUCCAAAUAAACGAUUUACCAUUAGAAAUAUUUAUUGAAAUUUUAUUAAAAAUCGAUGGUAUAUCGGUUGGGAAGUGCAGAAGAGUGUGCAAAAGAUGGAGAGAUUCAAUCGAUGGUAGCGAUCAGAUUUGGCACGAAAUGUGUCGAAACGAAUUCAAAUAUUCAUCUCAAAUAGCUAAACGAAAAGCUGGGAACGAUUGCCGAUGGUAUCAUGUAUAUAAGAACCUUAAAUUAUGGCUAAAUAUUACAAGAUACGAUAAAAAAGUGCGGGAAUUUUACAAGUUUUCUCUGCACGAUAAAUCACACGUAAUCGAAAUCGAUUAUGGAGUGUUACCUUUGAAAGAUGCAAGGGGUGUUGUUUUCUACGAUAUAAAUACACUCAAGUACAUCCCCGUUGCAAUUGCUGAUGUAACUUGCAGUAAAAUAGCUAAUAACGAUAAUGUCACAGUUGUUCUUACAAAAUCAGGAUUAUAUGUUCAAAAAUGUGUUGAUUCUAGUAAUAAUACUGAAGAGUUUUUUAAGGCAGACAAUUUUGUGCUCGCCGGAGAUGAUUUGUAUUAUUAUAAAAAUAGAGAUGUAUACAAAUGUGACUUGACAUCAACAAAUUUAACAUCAAAAUUAAUAAUACAUUCUAAUUACAGUAUAAAAGAGAUUCAAUACUGUGAUAAGAUACUACAUUUGUUCACAACAUGUGGUAGAAUUAUAAAUAUUACCAAAGACAAUAUGUCAGAAAAGUUGAUAAACUGUCCGAUAGAAUGGGUAAAACAUUUAAGAAAUAUAUAUGCAAUAAAUGACCGUAAUUUUGUAUGUUAUUCCCGUCACAUAUUUAAAUUAGAUACAGAUCUGUAUCACCAUUUAUAUUUAGAAUUUCCACCGAUAACAGCUUUAUUUUUCUAUGCGGAUAUAGUACUUAUUGCAACAAGAGCUGGGGAGUUACUAUUGUACCGUUUAUCUAGUCAAAAAACGGGACGAAUGUCUAGACCUAUAUUUGAGACGUUGGCAAUUUUACCCGAAGGCAAAUUUGCAGUGCAAUUAGAUGUUUGUGAAAGAAAAAAUGGACCUCUGAUAGUAGCAUCUACAUUUUUUGAGGUCAUUCUUGUGGAGUACAACUUUUUUCCUCAUGAAGAAGAACCUAAGUGUAGUUUUCCAGUGAACAAAAUCAGUAUGUAUAAAAGAUUACUAAGACUCAAAGAUAGGAUUCAGUCAACAUAGAUGUAUGGAAAUUGAAGCAUUAAAAGCCCAAUAGAUACAGACUAUAAAAUGGUUGUGGGUUAUACCUAUUUGAUUGUAAACCAUUUUACCACAAGCCUUUUUUAUGUUGGGGGGAAAUUACCUUGAUGGGGGAGACAUGGUUUUAUGUAGGAUUAGACCCACCAACACCUUCUUGGUGGUAACAUUCAAGUAAAAUAGCUUAGGCCCUUCUUACACAAGACAGUCGCUCGCAAAUUCUUUGUCAAGAUUAUCGUGAGAAAAGUCGCUGCAAUUUUCAAGAUGGCGGAGCAAAUCUAUACAGCUGACAUGUCGCUAUGCGUGUACUGACCUAAUAGACGACUCACGUCGACGAUUCAACGUUGUGUGUACGGAACGCCCGUAAUGUUUCCACGAUAUACGUUCCCUUUGCUAAUUGCCUUAGAGCAGUGAUUGCCAAACUUAUUUCUUUCACCGCCUCCCUUUGAAAAUUAAUAAUAUUUCAGAACCCUCUAAUUUUUAU